CUCUGACAAUGUUAACUAGAAAAAAACUAGUUAUACAUCUUAUGUCAACCAAAUUGUACAGCGAGAAGAAAGUUUACUUGGACGUCAUGUUGAUCUUUUCAUGUUAAAAGAUAUCCAAAAUAUAGACAGGGUCUUCGUAUUGUCGACAGCAUUUGAAUGGAGGGAGCACAAAUGCCACAAUUAUGCCAUAUGUGUGAGGAAAAUGCGGAUAUCAAGUUUAAAUGCGUAGACUGUGCAAUCCUGUUGUGUCCUAGGUGCCGGAAACUCCACGCCAAAGUCAAGACACAGUAUGUUCAUCGAAUUGUCGAUCUUAAAGACAAAAGGGCAAUAUCAAGUGGUACCAAAACCAAUCGUGUUAUUUCAAAUCGUUGUGAGUUUCACGAGGACGAACAUUACAUUAUGUAUUGCAAAAGCUGUCAGCGACUCGUGUGUAUUACUUGCAUUAUAACCAUGCAUCAAAAACACGAGAUGAGAGAUAUGAAACUUAUAGAUUCUGCUGAAAAAACAAAACUCAAACAGUAUCAGGAGAAAAUUGACAAAAUCAUUCUUCCAAAAAUAUCUAGAAAAUUUAAUAGAUUCGAUGAUUUGAUGGAAUUUCAUGCAAAGAAGUUCGACACAGCAAAGUCUGAAAUUCAUGAUUGGAAUAUAUACUUAAAGAAUACUAUAAUAACAUAUUUGGAUGACCAAGAGGAGAGAUUUUGUGAGAAGAUAGACAAAAAUAUGGACGAAAUUAAGCAAAACAUUCUACCACAACUUUCCAAACUAGACGACAUAAAGACAAACUUAGCAGGUGUACGUUCUGAAAUUGAUCAUGUAACAAAUUCCAAAGAUUUUACUAAAAUGAUUUAUAUUGAAAAUAGCAUUGAGUCGUUUCUUAAGGAUGUAAAUGCACAAAAAAUUACAAAACGGACACACUUUUUCAAUUUUUCUCAGAGCGAACUUACAUUUCCAAAACUCGGGGACCUGACAUUUACGGCGGUGUUUAAUUUACAAUGUACUCAAUCAAUUCAAACCGGACUGUCGUGUAUAGAUAAAAUGACGGCGUAUACAAAUGGUGAAUUACUGGUUAGAAAUUUGAAGUUGAAAAAUCUUUGUUUAUUGAAAACCGAAAAUGAGAAAUUUAUUAAAUUGCAAAAGUGGAACUUCGAAGUGAAAGACAUAUCCGUUUUACAAACAGGUGAAAUUAUAGUGAUUCUCUUUGGUAAAACAGAUUUGAGACUGGUGUCGAACAGAGAACAUAUGCCUAGUAAAGCCAUAGAUGAUUGUACAACGAUAUUUUUUGAAACAGCCCCACAGAUACCAACCGCAUUACAUACUACAAGAGAUAACAAAGUUAUUAUAAGUACAGUUGAAGCAGGACGAGACUGGCUUCCAAUGGACGUCCCGUGUAAAGUUGAAAUAUUAGUUAUUACAGCAAAAAGUGAAGUUAUUUUUCGUUUUCUGUUCAAUAAAGAUGUGUUCUGUUUUCCUAAUAAAAUAACGUCAAUCGGUACAGACAUAUGUAUUGCAGAUUCCAUUUCCGAUUAUUCUGGGAGAUUAGUUACUCUGAACAAUAGAGGAAAGGUAAAAUGGACUUAUGGAGAUAAUGAGAAGAAUUCUGUUAUUAUUGGAGAUAUGGUAGCCACCCCUCUGAACAAUAUUGUAUUAUUGGAUCCAUGCCAAAGUGUGCUACGCGUUCUUGAUUCAAAUGGAUCUUUUCUAAAUAUAUGGGAAUUGCGAGACUUUAAAAUAACUGACGCGUAUGCUAUGACUAUAUCAAAUGAUGAUAAAAUAUUUAUAGGAUGCGGACAUGAUGGAAGUAAUUUACAUAUAGUCGAGUUUAGAGAGUAAAAUAAC